CAGUAGCUGCCAUGCGCGGGGGUGGGAACCUUUCCUCCCGCGCAUGCGCUCUGAGCCCUGGGCCGGCAGCUGCUCCGAGCGCCGGCCCAGCGCCGCUGCUGGACGGGGCCGCUCGGUCUGACAUGAGGCCGUGAGCCUGCGCCGCUGCUGGCUGAGACGCACUAGGUAGAAGUGGCUAGUUUCAAUAUGUGUGCCUCAGCCAAAUAUAACACCCGGGGUCCAGCCCUCAUCCCAAGAAUGAAGACCAAGCACCGCAUCUACUACAUCACUCUUUUUUCCAUUGUCCUGCUUGGCCUUAUUGCCACAGGUAUGUUCCAGUUCUGGCCACACUCCAUUGAGUCAUCCAGUGAUUGGACAGUGGAGAAGCGCAGUGUCCAUGAUGUGCCUGUAGUCAAGCUUCCUGCUGACAGCCCCAUCCCAGAACGGGGAGACCUCAGCUGUAGGAUGCACACCUGCUUUGAUGUCUAUCGCUGUGGCUUCAACCCCAAAAACAAGAUCAAGGUCUAUAUCUAUUCACUGAAGAAAUAUGUGGAUGAGUAUGGGAUGCUGGUUAGCAACACUAUCUCUCGGGAGUACAACGAGCUGCUGACUGCUAUCUCUGACAGUGACUUCUACACAGAUGAUGUCAACCGGGCCUGCCUCUUUGUGCCGUCCAUAGAUGUGCUGAACCAGAACACGCUCCGCAUCAAGGAAACUGCUCAAGCCUUGGCACAGUUAUCCAGGUGGGAUCGAGGCACAAACCAUCUGCUGUUCAACAUGCUACCUGGGGGGCCACCUGACUACAACACAGCACUGGAUGUUCCCAGAGAUAGAGUCCUGUUGGCUGGAGGAGGAUUCUCCACAUGGACCUAUCGACAAGGCUACGAUGUCAGUAUUCCUGUUUACAGCCCUCUGUCUGCAGAGGUGGAGCUGCCAGAAAGGGGACCAGGUCCUCGUAGGUACUUCAUCCUGUCAUCCCAAAUGGCUCUUCACCCAGAAUACCGUUCUGACUUAGAGGCUCUUCAGACUGAGAACGGAGAGUCUGUGCUGAUCCUGGACAAGUGCACAAAUCUGUCAGAGGGAGUUCCUUCUGUUCGUAAACGUUGUCACAAGAACCAGGUCUUUGAUUACCCGCAGGUGCUUCAGGAAGCCACAUUCUGCAUUGUUCUGCGUGGUGCUCGUUUGGGACAAGCUGUGCUAAGUGAUGUACUUCAGGCUGGCUGUGUCCCUAUUGUUAUUGCUGACUCCUAUAUUUUGCCUUUCUCUGAAGUUCUGGACUGGAAGAGAGCCUCGGUUGUGAUACCUGAAGAAAAGAUGCCUGAAAUGUACAGCAUUCUGCAAAGCAUUCCCCAGCGGCAGAUUGAGGAGAUGCAGAGACAGGCAAGGUGGUUCUGGGAAGCGUAUUUUUGGUCAAUGAAAGCUAUUGCUCUGGCCACCCUUCAGAUUAUCAAUGACAGGAUAUACCCAUAUGCUGCCAUGUCUUAUGAAGAAUGGAAUGAUCCACCAGCUGUUAAAUGGAGCAGUGUGAGCAACCCACUCUUCCUUCCAUUAAUCCCCCAGUCUCAAGGCUUCACUGCUAUAGUCCUGACAUACGACAGGGUGGAAAGCCUCUUCCGGGUCAUCACUGAGGUGUCCAAGGUGCCCAGUCUAUCCAAGCUGUUAGUCGUCUGGAACAAUCAAAAGAAUCCACCAGAAGACUCUCUAUGGCCAAAGGUUCGGGUUCCACUGAAGGUUGUGAAGACUGCAGAAAACAAGCUUAGUAACCGCUUCUUCCCCUAUGAUGAGAUUGAAACAGAGGCAGUCUUGGCCAUUGAUGAUGAUAUCAUCAUGUUGACGUCAGAUGAACUGCAGUUUGGUUAUGAGGUUUGGCGGGAAUUUCCUGACAGGCUGGUUGGGUAUCCAGGUCGCCUGCAUCUGUGACAUGAGAUGAACAAAUGGAAGUAUGAAUCAGAGUGGACCAAUGAAGUCUCCAUGGUGCUUACUGGAGCAGCUUUUUAUCACAAGUAUAAUAUUUUUAACUACCUUUACACCUACAAAAUGCCUGGAGACAUCAAGAACUGGGUGGACGCCCACAUGAAUUGUGAAGAUAUCGCCAUGAAUUUUCUAGUGGCAAAUGUUACUGGCAAAGCAGUUAUUAAGGUGACCCCACGAAAGAAGUUUAAAUGUCCAGAGUGCACAGCCAUAGAUGGAUUGUCAUUGGACCAGACACACAUGGUGGAAAGGUCUGAAUGCAUCAAUAAGUUUGCCUCUGUCUUUGGGACCAUGCCUCUGAAAGUGGUGGAGCAUCGUGCUGAUCCUGUCCUGUACAAAGAUGACUUCCCUGAGAAACUGAAGAGCUUCCCCAACAUCGGCAGUUUGUAAAAGGCAGCUUGGAGGCAAACUUGAGUAUAAAAAACAGUGAGAGAAAAAAGAUGACCAGUGCUAAGAUGAACCUGAGGCCUUGAAGGAAAAUGCCAGCGUGUGGGUUAUAACUGAGGGGAAGGGGAUUAAUGCUAGGUUCUGAUAUAUUAGUCCGUCCUUCACAAUACACAACAGUAAUGCGGAGCACAGCAGCUAUUUCUAUAUUACAGACAAAUACAGGACAGGCUCUAUGCUUGAAUCUACUGAAAAUGCCAAAUGCUUUUUUCAAAUGGAGGUUGCUUAACAGAAGAAUAGAGCAGAAUCUUGCUGUGUAAGGGUGCCUUACCUGACUCACCUGUUCUGUUAAAUACACUCUCUUUUAGUUUGAUUCAAUCACCAGUAUAAAUGCAAACUGCUUUCAAUACUGGCUACAAUAUGUAUCCAGCCUGUUUUUCCCCCUGUGAGGCUGGCAUGCCUACCUCCAUUGAGGUUAGUUGUUGGCUUUAAGUAAUUGAGCAACAAAGAUCCCUGCCUGGCUUUUUCGCUUAGCAAGAUAAAUGUUUUUCUUAAAAAAAAAUAAAAAAUAUAUAAUACAAUCUUUUGUCAUAGGGUUUAGGGAGCUAAACAUUUUUGCAUUAAAUGAAAAAUAUUUCAAUGGGAAUUGACACAGAUCACAGCCAAUGGGAUGGUCUCCUUAAUUUAAAGACUUAGGGUAUGUCUACACUACCCGCCAGAUUGGCAGGUAGUGAUCGAUCUAUCAGGUAUCGAUUUAUCGCGUCUAGUGUAGACGUGAUAAAUUGAUCGCUCUGCCAUCGACUCCUGUACUCCACCGCAGCAAGAAGCGGAAGUGGAGUCGACGGAAGAGCGGCAGCAGUUGACCCCGCACAGUGAGGACGCGAGGUAAGUCGUCUUAAGAUGCGUCAACUUCAGCUACGCUAUUCUCGUAGCUGAAGUUGCGUAUCUUAGGUCAAUUCCCCUUUCCCCCGCCCCCUUCCCCCAGUGUAGACCGGGCCUUAGACUAUCCUUACCAUCACUACACCUCUCAUAUGUGUGUAUAAAUCUCAGGUAUUCUACUAUACUCAUAGAAACGAAGUCCAUUCAAUAUAAAAGACAUUUUAUGGAGAGGAAAAUGUAUCUUCUGGCCUUACUAUGUUUUUGCUAUCCCCAAAGCUCUUCCUUAUCAAGAUGGAACAGUUUGUUCAUUUGGCAUAUCCAUGUACUGGGGUAACAGCUAAAAUGGAUGUUUGUAUAUGUGAACCCUCUUCAGAAAAAAAUGUGCUGUAGGAUAGGUUGUCAUACACCUCCAUCUGCAGGACUUCCACUUUACAGCUGGUGUGUGUAUGUGGAAUAUAUUAACACGUACUUAGCAAGCAAACCCAUACAAGCUACCCUCAUUUGAAAAAUUGCCAAGUGUUAGCCUGUGAUUAACCUAGAGAACGCACUGCCAUAGGAUCUAUCUUGAACAAAUGGCUUAGUAUAAUUUUUAAAGGUUAGACAUUUGUUAUGGAGGGUCAAGCUAUUUCUCCAUGGUUAAAGUUGAUCUGAAUAUUAUCUGUCUACACUAGAGACAAUAAAAUUUUCAAGGAUGAUCAGUCCUUGUGCUCCAGCAUAUAAACUGAUCCCAAGCUGGAACCAGAGAGGAAGUCUCCUCUUUGCCCAAAUGGUAUAGUGUCUUGUCUAUUUGAUGCAUUAUGGGCAGUUUGCACUUUCCUUACUAGCAAACUGUUGGAGGCAUCAUAUUUGAUGGACAAUCUUUCUGUUACAGUAUGACCAUUCUUAUAGUUCUGUCAGACCCCAAACAGCAGGGCAAGUGUUAGCACUCUUAGUUCAUCCUUCUGCCUUGAGAGUGACAGGCAGCAAUGGCAAAAAUCAAAUGGAAGUCAGGCCAGAAACAGGAAACAUCUGCUCCCUGUUUCUGUCACCCCAGUAAAACUUCCUUCAUUGCCCAACACUGUGGAGGUGUUGGGAAUGAGAAGCCUGUUAGAACAGUAGCUGUGAGGGGAUACUUCAAUUUAGAACUCCCAAGGGACGUGUCUCUAAACCAGAGGUGGGCAAACCUAUGGCCUGCUGGCCACAUCCAACCCAUGGGACCCUCCUGCCCGGCCCCUGAGCUCCUGGCCUGGGAGGCUAGCCCCUGCUGCCUCCCUCCCCUGCAGCCUCAGCACCCCGCGCUGCUGGCGCAACACUCUGAGCGGCCAGGCAGCGCAGUUGCAGAGCCGUGGCCUGACCCGGUACUCUGGGUGGUGUGGCUGUAGCACCACCAGCCACUGGUGCUCCAGGCAGCACGGGUUGGAUAGAGGGCAGGGGAGUUUGGGGGUGUGGAUAGGGGUCAGGGCGGUCAGAGGGUGGGGGGCAGGGGUCCCGGGGGGACAGCUAGGAAUGGGGGGGGUUGGAUGGGGCAGCAUGGGGCAGUCAGGGGUGGAAGGUCCAGGGGUGGUCAGGGGAAAGGGAAUGGGGGGUUAGAGGGGGCAGGAAUCCCGGGGGAGCUGUCGGGGCGAGAAGUGGGCGAGUUGGAUAGGAGGCGAGGGCCAGGCCACUCCUGGCUGUUUGGGGAGACACAGCCUCCCCUAACUGGCCCUCCAUACAAGUUUGGAAACCCGAUGUGGCCCUCAGGCCAAAAAGUUUGCCCACCCCUGGUGUAAAUUAAAUUCUCUCAUUCUUGGGAAUGUUUUAAUUACCGAUAAAUUCUAAGACUUGUUUCUAGGACCUUGCAGUCUUUGCUACAUUCUGACUGUGCUGUGGGGGAUGGUAGUAGGCAAUGGCGGGGAUAGCUGUCCCGGUGAUAGUAAUGCUAAUGACUUUUUGCAUACAGGGGGUACCGUUGCGUGAGGAACACUAUUUCUCUGCUGCUAAGCAGUUCUUCCCUGCAGCCUCCACACAUGCAUUUACUUCCUGAGUCUGUUAGUUUAUGUCUGAAUUAUGUCCUUGUCCCACAGACGGCAGCUCACUUUCCAUUAAGCAGCUUGUUUUUAAAAGGGAAAUUAUGACAGCAUAAUAUGCUACUGAAUUGAUCCCAGAGGUGGGGGUCUCAGGAUGGCAGAGGUUUGGGAGUGUUCCAGAGAGAGAACUUCUCCCCUGCACGCAGUCUUGAAACUGCUGCAACCUAGUAGUUCCUUCUCAAGUUCAUAGGCAAAGGUUACAUGUAAUUUUUGCACAAACACUUAUAGCACAAGGCAGAUUUCAGAUUGGGGGAAAUAUUAUGGCCUAGAAAUAGAAGCGGUCGGUGGCAGCCUGACAAAGAAGAGCUCUGUUUAGCUCGAAAGCUUGUCUCUCUCACCAGCAGAAAUUGGUCCAAUAAAAGAUUUUACCUCACCCACCUUGUCUCUCUGAAACCCAUCCACCUCUAAGUUUGACACUAAGUGGGCAACAACCCCUCAUGGCCAAGAUCUUUUGGGCUUGAGCACGUGUAUCUUCCUUGAUAAGACCAAGAGCCAUUACGUUAAUUAGCCAGUCACAUUUUGUCCUGGAUCAUUUCACAGGUGUUUUUUAUAUUCCAAGCUCUAUUUAAUGAUGGUAUGUCUCCAUUCUGUGGUAUGGAAAGUGACCAGAAUAUAAAGUUGGGCAGCUGUCUAAGGCUAUAAGCUGGGCCACUUCCUCAACCCAUUUAUAAUUGUUGUGUUUGUUUCUGAAAAUGAUUCAAAAACUGUAAAAUAGCAAAGUGUGUGUGAGAGAGAAUUGGGAUGAUUCUAUUGUCGGUCAUUAAAUUAAGAGAAUUGUUAACUGUUCAGCUUGUAUGUUUUAUUAAAAAAAAAAAUUAGCUCAAAAGUA